GGGGAAGGGAGGGGCGCACACGUGGCGGCCCGUCACUGGCCCGGAGCGCCAUUGAUUCGCGUGUUUCUUCUGCUGCGGCUGCGGCCGCUGCUUCUUCUUCCUCCUCCAGCUCGCCAAGCUGCGCGGCCUGCAGAGGAGUGGGGAGUGGGGGGGUGCUAGUCGAGCUCCGCAGCAGCAGCGAGGAGAUGCCGAUGGCGAGGGCGAGGCGUGCGGCGGCGCUGCUGCUGGCGGCGGCGUGCGCCGCGGCGGCGAUCGGCGGAGGCGGGUGCGGGAGGGUGGUGCACGUGGAGGAGGAGCACCGGAGGAGCAUGCUCGCCAAUGGCCUCGGCUCGGCUCCUCCCAUGGGCUGGAACAGCUGGAAUCACUUCGCCUGCGACGGCAACGGAGAAGGCGUCAUCAGGGAGACUGCCGAUGCACUUGUGUCGACCGGGCUUGCAGCUGCUGGCUACAAGUACGUCAACAUCGAUGAUUGCUGGGCAGAGCCAGAACGUGAUUCAAAGGGAAACCUUGUAGCCAACAAGAAGACAUUUCCUCACGGAAUCAAGGCACUCGCUGACUAUGUUCAUAGCAAGGGGCUCAAGCUAGGGAUAUACUCUGAUGCAGGAUUCAAGACGUGUGCGAAGGUUCAGCCGGGGUCUCUUGGCCACGAGCAGCAGGACGCCAGGACGUUCGCGUCAUGGGGAGUGGACUACCUCAAGUAUGAUAACUGCAACAAUGGCGACCUGAAGCCGCUGGAGAGGUACCCUGAGAUGAGCAAGGCUCUGAUGAUGGCUGGCAGGCCGAUCUACUUCUCGCUGUGCGAAUGGGGGGACAUGCACCCGGCGAAGUGGGGCGCGGCGUACGGCAACAGCUGGAGGACCACCAACGACAUCGCCGACACCUGGGAGAGGUGGAACCGCCUCCGCCGUCGUCUUGCUUGGCCAUUGCAUCGACCAUCGAUCGAUCGAUCGGUCUCUCUCUACAGCGUAUUCAGUAAUAUUUCAGUGUUCAGAGAAUUGCCUUUUCUUCGCUGUUUCAGCAUGGUGUCGAGGGCGGACGAGAACGAGGUGUGGGCCGAGUACGCGCGCCCCGGCGGCUGGAACGACCCGGACAUGCUGGAGGUCGGCAAUGGCGGGAUGAGCAACGACGAGUACAUCGUCCACUUCAGCCUCUGGGCGAUCUCCAAGGCUCCUCUCAUCAUCGGCUGCGACGUGAGCCACAUGUCGCAGCAGACGUACGACAUCCUCGCCAACAAGGAGGUCAUCGCCGUCAACCAAGAUCCUCUGGGAGUCCAGGGGAAGAAGGUGAGGAUGGAGGGCAGCAGCGAGGUGUGGGCGGGGCCGCUGUCCGGCUACAGGACGGCGGUGGUGGCGCUGAACCGGCACGCCCACGACGCGGCGGCGAUCACCGCGCACUGGGACGACAUCGGCCUCCCCGCCGGCACCGCCGUCGAGGCCCGGGACCUCUGGCAGCACAAGACGCUGGGCGGCGAGUUCGCCGACAAGAUCACCCUCGACGUGCCGCCGCACUCGUGCAGGAUGCUCGUGCUCAAGCCCCUCCUCUCGUCUCGGGCCAACUGAUCGGCAUCGAUCUCUCUCUCUCUCUCGCUCGCUCGCUCGCUCGCCGCCGUGACAUUGAUCUGUGCAGCUCUAUCACGAGCAAUUUAGCACCAUUUCCCGCAAUAAAACUAAAACUGGUCCGAUACUACUGCAGAGAAGGCGUGUUGACCGAUGAAUAGAUGGGUGGGCCGUGAUUGCAUCCCAUAGUCAUGUAUGGGCCGGGCCGUCUCUCGGGCCAAAUUCACGGCCCAUUUGCAUACAGAUGGGCUGGGAUUUGCAUGCUUCUCUUGCAGGCCCGGGUGUUGGGGGUGGGGGUCGGAAAAUAAAAAUCCGAUCCCCGUGACCGCGAGCUCCCAAAAACGACUACUCAUGAUGUGAUCCACUGUUUAUUCGGCUACGAGAAAAUUAUCUGAUUGUUUUUA